UGGUGGGGAUUAGGAAAAUUGGUAAGGAAUGACCAAGAGUGGAUGGACGAGUUAGACGAGGUGUAUCUUCCGUCGAAGUGACUUGUUGAGAUUAAACAGGAAGCUUGUGUGAUUAAAGUUGAUCCUCAAGAAUGUUCUUCAAUAUAUCGACCGUUUCAUCGUUAUUGUUGAUAUUAAUUCUAUCUUCGACAUACGGCCAAGAGAUUGGAGAGAGAUGUACCAUCGAUAAAUCACGCAAUUCAGGUGUAUGCAAGCGUUUGCAAGAUUGCCAGGUAGUUUUUCAGGAAUUGUUGGCCGGUAAAUCGCCUAGUAGCACAUGUGGUUUUAUACAGUACGAGCCAAUAGUCUGUUGUCCAACGAAAAAUCGCGUUACUACUCCACCUCCGACACCGUCACCAUCAUCACAGCCGGAGACUAUCCAACCAAAUCCGAUAAGACCUUUGACAGUGGAUGAAAAUAGAGGAGCGGUAGCACGAGCACAAUGCGUGGAGAACGCGAAGGCUGUCUACGCUCUACAAAUACCACCUACACCCACAAUAUAUAGGAAGCCUGUCAAUGUAUCACUGUGCGCUCUGAAAACACGUAAGCUGAUCGUCGGUGGCAAAAAAGCUGAACCCAAAGAAUUUCCACAUAUGGCAGCUAUCGGCUUCGACGGUAGCGAUGGGAGGAUCUUGUGGAACUGCGGUGGUACCUUGAUUUCCGCUAAAGUCGUCCUAACAGCGGCCCACUGUACUUGGUCAACGAACUGGGGAGCAGCAACAUGGGUGCGAGUUGGCGAUCUGAAUCUUAAGCAGAAUAAUGACGACGCGAGGCCACAAACUAUCAGAAUUCAAGAAAAAAUAAGACAUCCUGAGUAUAAACGUCCAUCACAGUAUCAUGACAUAGCUAUAUUGCGGUUGGAGAACGAAGUCGUCUACAACGCUUGGGUUAGACCAGCAUGCCUUCCAGUUGACUGGCCUGACGUAGGCUCGGAUAACAUGGCAGUUGCUACUGGAUGGGGUCUAGUCGAUUGGGCUGAAGAAGAAGGGUCGGACAAUCUGUUGAAAGUAACCCUCAAUUUGGUCCCGCACACAUCUUGCAAUGCAAGCUUUUUCGAUAGCGGUAUUAGCAUAGAGCUUGCACGAGGUGUUGUCAACGAGUGGCAAAUAUGUGCAGGAGAAGUGGGGAAAGAUACAUGUCAGGGUGAUAGCGGAGGACCUCUCGCUGUUUUUAACACGGAUCACGAUUGCACGUAUAAUGUGGUCGGAAUCACCAGCGUUGGACGGGGUUGUGGAAGCAUCAUACCCGGCGUGUACACUCGAGUUUAUCAUUAUAUCCCCUGGAUAGAAAGAAACGCAUGGCCAGAAUACUUUUAAUGUGCUAUUACUUUUACUUUAAAUAUAUUUCUCUUUAAAAUAUUAAAUAAAUUGUUCUUUUAAACAAUGUAA